AUGCAAGCUGUCAAGAACACCAUUGCCGAGAACUUCGGCGGUCCUUCUCACAAUCUCGCAGAAGAGAAGUUUGAUCUGGAUGACGUGCCCGACCUGAGCGGUAAGGUAGCGGUGGUCACUGGAGGUAGUGAAGGGAUCGGGUUUGGAGUAACCCACACCCUCCUUUCCAAGCGUAUUUCGAAGCUUUUUGUGACUUCGCUUCGUAAGGAGGUAGCCGAUGAUGCCAUAUCCGCCAUUGAGGAAGAGUUCGGUCCCGAGACACGCCAUCGCUUUAUCUGGAUCCAAUGUGACCUGUCGGACUGGGAACAGACUGCCAAGGUGGCAGCGGAGAUUGCGUCGCAGACGGACCGCAUCGACAUACUUAUCAAUAAUGCCGGCCGGGGCGUCAUGACACGCCAGCUGGCUCCCACCAACGGGGUUGACCUGCACAUGGCAGCCAACCACAUGGGUCAUGUCGUGCUGACCUCGCACCUGCUGCCAACGCUGAAAAAAACAGCUGACGCUGGAAACACCGUCCGUAUUGUCAACCUCUCCUCCAAUGUAGAAGGCAGCGCACCCAAGGACACGGAAUUCGCGUCCGUGGAGGAGCUGAACCGCGAAUAUAGCCCGACGGAGCUGUACGGUCGGUCUAAACUGGCGGUGCUCCUGUACGCCAAGUGGCUCCACGCCCAUCUCCAACCCACACAUCCCAAUAUCAUUGUUAACGCAACUCACCCGGGGGUUGUCGAUACGGCGCAGACAAAUGUCCACAUACACGAGGCCCAUCCCCUGCUCGGCUAUGGCCUGUCCGCCGGCCUGAAGCCGUUUCGAAAGACUCAGUUCCAGGGCGCCGUGUCCACCAUGUAUGCGGCGACCAUGGCGACCGAGGGCGGGCAGUUCAUCAAUCCGCCACGAAUUGUGGAGAAGGGCAGUGAUAAGGCCAACGACAUGGAGUUAGCUGACAGGCUGAUGAAGUUAACAGCUGAGGUGGUGGAGAAGAAAACACGGUCACAUAGUAGCGCCAAAGGUUGUCCAUUCACCGAAGACUAA